GGGCGGACGGCAGCCCUUGGCAGACGGUCCCCGGCCCGGCCCCCGCGGUGGCCCACACGCCAGGGCGCCCGCGGGCGGCACCUCGGGGUGGGCUGCAUGGACCCUGAAGGCGUCUUCGGCGAGGCCCGCCGCAGCCUGGACGAGGCGCCCCCCAAGGGCAUGGAGGCGCUGCUGAGCCCCGCCGCCUUCGCCCCCAGCCCCUCCGCCUUCCCGGCCCCCGACGCCGCCGCCGAGCCCCCCACCAAGCAAGGCGCCCCCGGCCCGACGGCCGCCGCCACCCCCUUCUACGGCUGCUUGGGCAGCGGCUACUGCUCCUACCGGGUGGCCCGCGGCUCGCUCAAGCCCUGCCCGCCCCCGCCGCAGGCCGCCUACCCGGCCGAGAAGUACCUGGACGCCUGCAGCGCCGCCCCGGCCCCCGACGACUACCAGGCGCGCCCCGCCGCCGCCGCCGAGUUCGCCUUCUACCCGGGCUACGCCGGCCACUACCAGCCCGUGGCCAACUACCUGGACGUUUCGGUGGUGCAGACCCUGGGCGGGCCGCCCGGCGAGGCCAGGCACGAAACCCUCUUGCCCGUGGACCCUUACCACCAACCCUGGGCCCUGGCCGGGGGGUGGAACAACCAAAUGUAUUGCCCCAAGGAGCAAAGCCCCGCCGGACACUUUUGGAAAUCGGCGUUUGCAGAAGCCGUCGGCCAACACCCCCCCGAGGGCUGCUCCUUCCGCCGCGGCCGCAAGAAGAGGAUCCCUUACAGCAAAGGGCAGCUGAAAGAGCUGGAGAAGGAGUACGCCAGUAGUAAGUUCAUCACCAAGGACAAGAGGAGAAAGAUCUCCGCCGCCACCAACCUCACCGAGAGACAGAUCACCAUUUGGUUCCAGAACCGGAGGGUGAAAGAGAAGAAGACCGUGGCCAAGGUCAAGAGCACCAACAACGCCGGCAGUACUACCAGUAGUAGCAGCGGCACCCCGUGAGAGGGGACUCAGACCAGACAGAGCGGGGCGGAGAGGGGGGGCGGAGAAGCCCCGGGGCCUCCCCACCGCCUCGUGUGAACUAGAGAGGUGGAGGGGAGGAAAGGGGGCCGAGGAACCCGGUCAGACUCCUGCUCCUACUCCUCCCGCCCGCUCCCGGCUCCACCUCGGAGGAAGCAGACGAAAUUCGCACGUCCCCCCCCCCCCCGGACUGGGCGCUGCUCACCUCUGGUCUAUUUUCUAAUUAUUAUUAUUAUUAUUAUUUUGCCUGUGUUUUUGUUCCGCGCUUUCCUCGAAUAAUUUAAAAAAAAAGAAACCCCGAUUUGCAAACCAAACAGCCGGCGAUUUGAGAACGCAGCAACGCUGUGGUUGUGAUGAUGAUGAUGAUGAUGAUGAUUAUUUUGAUGAUGAUGUAAGGGAGGGGGGGAAGCAAACCGUGUGCAAUGUGCCAUUUAUUUUUUAUGGAUUUUUUGCCCCCACCCCGUCGGUUGCCGCCUUAGCUUCAGCGCGAUGCGAAUUGUAUCCUUUUUCCUCUUUGUAUGGAGUUCAGUGAUUUCGAGCUGCUUUGGGGGAGGGUGGGGGGGAAGCGACGGGCAAACAAAAGGAGAAGGGGGCGGGGGUUUGCCUACAAUCGAACCCGAUUUUAAAUAAAUUCUCCCUAAUCAGAACGGCUGGGCUGGCUUCCGGAUCCAUUUGUCAACCGCUCGAAGAGAGCUUUCCACCACCCAACAGUCUCUUCGGCCCAUGAGAAAUAUUGAUGGGUAUUUUUUACUAGGGAACAUAUCUCCAGUUUUAUAUAUGCAACGUAAUCUACGCCGUAGGGGGGGCUUACGCGUUUGAGAAACCAUGUGUACGAUACUAUGUAUGUAUAUUAGGAGUGCAUGCUUGCGUUGGAAGAUGGACCACCGGAUUAUUUGCUUUCUUUCUUUCUUGUCUUGUUGUUGGUUUGAUUUGGUUGGUUGAUCCCACGGCAAUCGAUUAAAAAAAAUGCCUCGGUUGCCUCGAUAUGCAUUUGCUUACUACCAAAAUUUCAGUAUAAGUGCCUUUGGGGGACACUGAAAGAGGCGGGAAGUGGUAGACACCGGGUGCAAUCGUAAGCAGGUCUACUCAGAAGUAAGUCCCAUGUCACUUAAUGGGGCUUACUCCCAGGAAAGUGCCUUUAGGGUUGAAGCCAAAAGCUACUACAGCUAAUAUAAUCCUAAUCAUGUAUGUGAGGCCAAAAGGGCCUAAUUCCCUUCUAAGCCUUAGGCGGAAGGAAAAGACUAACUCAAGAGUUACUCCUCCUUCCUUCUGGGGCUGGCUGGCCCUUCAAGACUCAGGCCUUAUCGAUUGACGGUUUGGAGCCGUGCAGCUUAAUUCUAGGCAAGUUUACUCAAAAGUAAGUCCCCUUGAAUUCAGUGGCGCUUACUCCCAGAUUACUGUGCAUAGGUUUACAGCCCGAUUGUAUGCGUACAACACAUGGGAAAUGGGUUGAUAUUUCAAUUGGAAACGACUGUUGACUUGGCACUUGUUUCUCUGCUCCUGCAAAUAUUUGGAAGGUAGUUUACGUGACUCACCUUUGUGUACGUUUCUUUGGAAUGUUUUGGACGGGGGAGGUCUGGGAAAAUAUGUUCUGAAGUCUGAGUAAAACAGAUGCUUCUAUGCAGCGAUACAUAACGGUAAUAAAUACUUCUAUGACUGCUA